AUGGAUGUCGAGACGGAACCGCUUCGUGUCAAGGCCACGGGCUUUAAGAGGCGCCACUAUGUGAAGCUCUCGGCGCUCCGCCGGUCCCCCGAGCCCAAGCGACCGCCGGGCAGCAUGGCGGCGGAAGCCCCGCUGGUGCCGCGGACGGCCAGCGGAGGCGGUGGCAGCGGAGCAGUGGAUGGGGGGAGCGGAGGCGCGGGGUUGGGGGGAGCCGACAAAGAGGGCGAGCAGGCGUCGCGGAGCGCGUGUCCGUUUGUGGCGCCGACGCUGGCGUUUCUGGUGGCCAGGCGGCGCGCGGUGCUGGUGUUUGCGUCGGCGUUGUGCGCGGCGGUGGCGGCGGGGCUGUUCUGCCUCGUGUACUUCCUCCACCUCGCCUCCUACCAGGUGCCGUCACUGCGCGCACGGGCUCCGUCGGAGGAGGGUUGGGCAACAGGGUUGGGGCAUGAAGGGGUUGGGAGAAAGGGGUUUGGACGAUGCUGGGAUGAAGCAUCGCUGUCAUCGCAGUGUGCGCUGUGGGCGCACGAGCUGGGCAGUGCAUUGCAAGCAUCGCUGGGAGGGGUGCGCGCGCUGGGGGACACGCUCACAGUGCUGCACGCAGCCGUGGACCAGGCGGCGUUCACGCGCCUGGUGGCCUCCACCGACUACACGCGCCCGCUGCUCGCCUUCCCUCCCCCGCCCCCUCUCGCCACUGCAGCAGACGCGGGGGCGAGUGGGUGGGGGCAGGGGGCGAGCGCCAUGGGGUACGCGCUCUCGCUCAACCACUCCUCGCACGCCGCCGUCCAGAACCGCUUCCUCAACGCCACCUGUAUCUGUCUCUCCCCUUUUUGCAUUCUCUCUUCUCUUCACAUUCUCCCCUCCCCUCACAUUCUCUCCCUCCUCGCCUUGUCGCCUCUCCUCAGUAGCUCCGUGCUGCCCAACCAUCCACGUGCACACCACUCCCCACCCUCCGCCCCAUGCUCACCCUCCGCCCCAUGCUCACCCUCCGUCUCCCCUCUGCACUCUGUUGUUGUCCUCCCUGCAUGCAUGUACGCGUUCAGGAAUGUGAGUGGAGGGUGCGCGCCUCAGCAGCAGCACUACCUGCCGCUGCUCCACUACUCGCCCACCCUCGCCACCAUCCUCUCCCACCUCGCCACCCCCAACAGCAGCACAAGUGGCGUGGGGGCGGCGUAUGUUGGACUGGACAUGCUUUCUGGUGUGUGUGGUGAAGAGCGGGGAAAGGGUGGGUGGGGAAGUGGGGGCGUCUGUUGCUACUAUAUCCAGAAGCUACCACAUUUCAUAGUUUUGAACCUAGUAUUGCCUCUUGGUCCCGCGGUUGCCCUCUCGGCGCUCUCCGCCCUCUCUGCCAGCCUGCCCUGCACCCUCUCCCCACCCUUUGCCCCUCGCUUCCCCUUCCCUGACAACUCCUCCUCCGCUGCCACCUCUGCCCCCACACCCACCACCAUCACCUCCUCCUCUUCGACCAGCAGCAGCGACCAACCGAGGUCGUUUCCUGCUAAUACAUCUUUGGCAGCAACAGCAGCAGCAGCAGCAGCUCAGUCGCCUGCGGAGCAGCAGCAGAGAGCAGUGGUGGCAUCAGUGCCCGUGUAUGGACGAGCCAUGCCGCCCAACGCCACGUCAGACGAGAUGCAAGCAGCAGUGAUAGGAUUCGCGUUUGCAGUGGCUGACAUGCAGCUCGCCCUCUCGCAGCUCUCUCAGGCGCCGUCCAGCAGCAGCAGCAGCUGUGGGUCAGCGGCGCUGCUGCUGCAGCUGCAGGACACCACGGCCGCCACCACCACACUUGUCCUCGCACAGUAUCCCCCGCUGCAGCCCCCCGCCAUGCCUGAGGCGCCCUCGUCCUUCCCUGCAGCGCACGCCGUGCCUCUGCCGGCAGUGGGCCGCCAGUACACCCUCGCUUGCAGGUACCAGUCACCGCCGUUCCCCUACAUGGCAGUGGUGUGGCCGUGUGUGGUGGUGGCGGGGGCGGCGCUGGUGGUGGCGGUGGUGUACGUGGUGGCGGGGGAGGUGGUGCGCGUGGAGGGCGACCUGCAGCGCAUGGCGGCGCUCAAGGAGCAGAUGCGCGCCGCCAAGGUCGCUGCAGAGGCCGCCAGCCGCGCCAAGGGCACCUUCCUCGCCACGAUGAGCCACGAGAUCCGCACUCCCAUGAACGGCGUCAUCGGCAUGCUGAACCUGCUGCUGCAGACGCCGCUGGACGCGGUGCAGCUGGACUACGUGGAGACGGCGCGCACCAGCGGCAGGGCGCUCUGCUCCCUCAUCAACGACAUCCUCGACCUCUCCAAGAUCGAGGCGGGGCGGAUGGAGCUGGAGAGCAUGAGGGUGGACGUGAGGGCGGAGAUAGACGACGUGCUGAGCAUGUUUGUGGAGCGCACGCGCAACAAGCCGCAGGUGGAGGUGGCAGCACUCGUGCACGACGCGGUGCCCACGUUUGUGCUGGGCGAUGCGCUGCGGCUGCGGCAGGUGCUGAUCAACCUGCUGUCCAACAGCUGCAAGUUCACCGCCCGCGGCCACGUGCUCAUCACCGUGCGCACCGCCACCCCCCAUGACGACCUCGCCGUCCCCGGCGCCCACUUUGCCGACGCCCGCUCCCUCGCCCGCACCUCCCUUGCCGACUCCGACCGCGCUGCUCCCAGCACCAGCGCUGCUGCAGUUACUAACACGCCCAGUGCUGAUGGUGCGGGUGCAGCAGGAGGCGGGUGGAGCUCCACCCCUGCCCCUGCUGGAGGUGCUGCCGCAAGUGCAGUGAUGUCUGCGCCUGCUGCUGCUGGUGGUGCUGGCAAGGCCGUCGUGGUGCAUGCAGGUGGUGCACGGGGAGAAGUGAGCGCGGGUGCUGGGGCAGCGAGGGGUGCAGCGCCUGGAACAACAGAACUGGCAAAUGGCAGGAGAGGGGAGGGCGGAGAGGAAACCUGCAGAUUGCAUGGAGGUGACUCAGAUGCAUGGGAGGGAGAGGUACACGGGGAAAAGGAGGAGUGUACUGGUGAGGCGGGCGCAGGGGAGAUGAUUGAUGGGGGCUCCUCCGGCGCCGUCACGCAGGCUCGAGUCGAGGGGGAGGGUCAGAUGGGCGCAGAGACAGGCAGUGAUGGGCAGGGGCAGGGGCAAACGGGGCAGCAGCAGAAGAAAGAGAUGGGGCAGGGGCAGGGGCAGGGGCGGAGGGGUAGGCAGGGGGAGUUUGAGACGUUGAGUGGAGUGGAGGCGGUGGAGAGCUGCAACAGCUGGGCGCGCAUCCAGGCUCUCAUGGAGCGCCCCCCCCAGGCAGGCCCGCCCCCGGGCCACCUGCAGUGCACGCCUGCUGCGCCACACAGCAGUGGUGGGGCUGCGGGCAAGGCGGGGGAGCACGGCGGAGGUGAAGCACAGAGUGGGAUGGUGCGGCUGGUGGUGUCCGUUGAGGACACGGGGCAGGGCAUACCAUGGGCGGCGCAGCCUCGUCUGUUUCGGCCGUACGUGCAGGCGGACAUCAGCACCACACGCACACACGGCGGCACGGGCAUCGGCCUGUCCAUCUCGCAGCACCUGGUGGCGCUGAUGGGCGGCAAGCUGGCGUUUGUGAGCCGCCCGGGCGUGGGCACGACCUUCUUCUUCGACAUGACGCUGCCCUUUGAGAACCCCCCGGACCCCUCCCAUGACGCCCCCGCCUCUGUUGCUCCUGCUGCCGCCGGCAAGAGGAGAAGUGCCCCCGCACUUGCCUCUCGAGUCUCUGACCUUCAGGGGUGCACAGCGGUGGUGCUGGACGACCGGCCUGUGAGGCGCGCCGUCACAGCCACGUAUCUGCGCCGCCUCAGGCUCAACGUGCUCCUCGCUCACCGCUGGGAGGACCUCCCCCCACUCCCCGCCCUGCCACUACCACCCUCCCCUCCUGCCCCGCCUGCUCCUGCCACUCCCCCCCAAGCUUACCCAUCCUCCCCGGGCCCACUGGCAGUGGUGGGCGUGGUGUCCCCUGCACUGCCAGGAGUGGCAGCAGGCAGCGUGGCAGCAGCAUCGGUGGCGGGGCAGGAGAGUGGGGGCACGCCCCUCUCAGAUGCCGGGCCAUCUGUUGCCGUGGCAGUCAUGCCAGGCGCACCCAGCACAGCACCACGCACUGCGGGUGGCGGCGGGUCGGGGCCCCCAGCGGGCACUCCAUCGGGCGGCGGCGAGAGGACAGCCCUCCUCCCCUCCUCGCCGUGGAGGGCAGAGGACGCGUCCCAACAGUUGUGCGCCGCCCGGGCAGCCUCUGACGGGGCUGCCACGCCCCCUCUCGGCACACUCGCUUCUGCCACGCCCCCCUCCCCUGCUGGCAGCGUGGAGAGCCCCGAUGGCAGCAGUGGCGCUGGCAGUGACGCCAUGGGAGGUGGGGGCGGGGGAGGCAGCGGCGUGCUGACGAGCGCUGCUGCCAUGGCCACUGCUGCUGCCUUCUGGACCAGCCGACAGCAGCAACAGCCGGGAGGAGUGGAGGAACAGAAGCAACAAGAGCAAGGACCAAGCAUGGAGAGCGUGGCCGCGCAGGCGGGCUUCCACGCCACGCUGCUCAAACCCAUCCGCCGCGCCGCCCUCGUGGGCGCGCUGCUGCAGGCCGCCAAGCACAGCAGCGGGGGGGGCAGCAGCAGCAGCACACAGGGUGCAGAGGGCGGGCAGGGCACCUUGGGUAGGCGAGGGGAAGGAGGAUCUGAAGGAAGGAGAGGGACAGAAGUGUCAAGUCCCGAGGAUUUCAGGGGCGUGACGGGUGGGGAGCACGAUUACGUGGUUGUGGUGGAUAACGGGGCAGAGGAUGCCUGUGGGGCAGGUGCAGGCGAAGCAGAGAGAUCGGAUGGAGGAGCAUCUGUGGAUUCAGACAUGGCGCUUUCCCCUGUCACGCUCACGGGAAGGAGCGGAAACAAGGAGAUGCGUCUGAAGCAAGUGGAGGCAGGAGAGAGGAGUGGUGGUGAGAGGAGAGUGGCGGUGGAAGGGCGGGGUGGCAGCAGUGCGGCGUUGGCGAGUCCCAGGGCGAGGAGGGUGGCUGAGGGUGCCCCACAGUCGCUGACUCAGAUGCUCACUGCAGUGCUGCAUGGCAAGCACUUUCUCGUGGUGGACGACAACAUGGUGAACCGCAAGGUGAUAGCCAAGAUGCUGGAGCGAUACAAGGUGCACGUGGUGCCCGUCGUGGGGGGCGCCGUGGCCGUGGCCAAGGUGGUGCCAGGCCACGCCUUCCACUGCAUCCUCAUGGACGUCCAGAUGCCGGGUAUGGACGGAUUCGAAGCCACAAGGCAAAUCCGCAGGCAAGAAGCGAAGUACAGGCUCUCACAGACUCCGAUAUUUGCACUUACAGCGGACAUCUUUGCAGGGACUCGGGAGAAGUGCAUCGAGUCUGGCAUGAACGGCUUCUUGUCAAAGCCUAUAGAGGAGGAGCAGCUGUGGAACGUGAUUUACAAGUACUUUUGCCAUUUGACAGACUCUCUCUUUGUGGAAACAUCUCCAACAAUUAGUCGACCAUUUUGA